GCUCCGCUUCAAGUUAGCUUCAACAAUGCGAUAGUUAGACAGAUGAAGUCAACAAGUCUCGCCUACUUUUUAGUCUUGUCUUCAAUUAUAGACGCGCAUCGCUGAGGCGUGUGUCAGUGUAUGUGUGAGAGAGAAGUUAACCAUAUAUUUUUUUUUUAGAGUUGUCAAGAUAUUUCAUUAGCCUGUAUCAACAACCUUUUUGUCAAGUGUGCUGUUGGACCAUUUAAGAGGAACUCAUGAAUCGCAAAAUUGGUGUACAUGUUGCUCACUUGUUGCAUUUUAUUCGCUAAUUAAUAUCAGUGUGGAAGACUUCAUUCGUCAAGAUGGUAGAAAACGGAUCGCAAAUGUGUCAAAUAGCCUAGUGACUGAGAUGGACCUAUAGAAUCUGGAACUGAAAUAGAGACAGAUGGACCUAUAGAAUCUGGAACUGAAAUAGAGACAGAUGGACCUGAAAUACGUUUUUCGACAGUGACAGUGGAUGUGCAAGUUCCUUGCUAGGCUUCGUCACCACUCCGGACAGAGUGGCCCAUGGACCUGCGUACCCAGAGGUUGGUGCGUCCCGAGCCUGACUCGGUUAUGCUGGCACCCCACCACUCCCUCUUCCUGGGAGCCCAGGACUCCCAGAAGCACCUGCCACAGCACAUCCACUACGAGUACGACAUGGAGCAGAGUCGCCAGGAGAAAGAGCAGGACAAGAGUCAGGAACUGCAGCAGCUGAUGUAUAAGGAUAAGAGUGAGCAAAGUGCUGUGGCCAGUCCCCUGGUGAAACAGAAACUCAGAAGCCAAAUCCUGAAGAGGACGGAGCAGGCCGCCCUGGAGACGACCGCCUCCAACCCCACCAGAAACACGCCCAGGAGUUACAGGGAACUGGCCCCAGAUCCUGACAUGCCCCCAAAGCCUCACAUGGUGACCCCUGUUGUCCAUCAUCCACCAUGUGACCAACGCAAGGACACGCCCCUCAGAAGAACAGCUUCUGAUCCCCUCCUGAAGGUGAGAAGUAAACUGAAGAAGCACAUCAACUCCAGGCAGAACCCUCUCCAACGCAAGACCAGCACCCCGCCCACAAUCAAGCCCAGAAUGCAGGAUACUCUGGACUCCUCCCCCAGCAGUAGUACAUGUAGCACUCCAGUGUCUGGGUGCAGCUCGCCCAAUGACAGCCUUCUCUCGGACAGCCCACUUACUACCGGACUAACCCACGUGGCACAGAGGCUGCUACUCCAGGAUGGUACGCUGGCCCACUUCAUGGUGCCCCGCUCCACUGCCCUGCCGAGCAUCAGCACCGGGCUUCCUGGCCAUGGUGAUUGGGAAACGGGUAGUUAUCAGAGGGUGGCCAGGGUACUUCCCCAGGUCUACCUGCCCAUGGAGAGACACAGUGCUGCCCACCAUCACCUCCAGCCCAUGUUCAUCCUGGAGCCCUCAGGACUGCUGCAUACACAGCUAGUCACUGUGCGAGGUCUGAACCCAGGCCUUAUCCUGUACCCCUCCUCCAGACUGGAAGCCCUGGCCACCUUGGGUCCCCACAGGCCCCUGGGUCGGACCCGGUCUGAGCCCCCACUGCCCUUUCACCAGCAGCACCAGCUACUGCAGCAGAACUACAAUCUGCUGCUGGAGAGACUCAAACAAAACACACACCUGGAUCAGCCUCGUCUCACACAGAUCUCCUCAGAGGACAUGGACCCAGCGGAGAUCAGGUUAGGGGAGGAGGAUGGAUACCAGAGAAGUAGACCGAGUGGAACCAGCAGCUCUGAGUCGAUGUGGGACACAGAGUAUACAUCCUCACGAGACAGCCAUGGGGAACAUAUCAGGAAAUACACACCUCUGGUGAAUCAGUCAUUCCAUUGGGAGCAGUCCAGGCACCUUCAGGUCCUGACAGAAAGGCACAGACAGGUGACCUACCUGGACCCCCUGGGUGUGCCUGUGGUUCUUGGCCCUUCCCACCGCCCCCUUGGCCGCGCAAAGUCCUCCCCUGCCUCCACCUCUCUUCCCCCUCCUCCGCAGCCCACAGACACCCCGCUGUCUCUGGCCAGCACUGGUCCAGAGACCCCCACCAAGCUACGAUUCACCACUGGUCUGGUGUAUGACUCUCAGAUGCUAAAGCACCAGUGCACCUGUGGCGACAACAGCCGACACCCAGAGCAUGCUGGGAGAAUCCAGAGCAUCUGGUCCAGAUUGCAAGAAAGUGGCCUCAGGAACCAGUGUGAGUGUAUCCGUAGCAGGAAGGCCUCUCUGGAGGAGCUUCAGUCUGUACACUCCGAGAAGCACGUCCUGCUGUAUGGCACCAACCUACUCCAUCGUCUCAAACUGGACAACCGCAAGCUGGCUGGGAUCUUAUCUCAAAGGAUGCGUGUGAUGCUACGAUGUGGAGGAGUUGGGGUGGACAAUGAUACGAUCUGGAACGAGAUGCACACAUCAACGGCGUCUCGCUUGGCAGCAGGCAGCGUGACGGAGCUUGCACUCAGGGUGACACAAGGAGAGCUGAAGAAUGGCUUUGCAGUGGUGAGGCCCCCUGGACAUCAUGCAGCCCACUCUACCGCCUUGGGUUUCUGCUUCUUCAACUCCGUGGCCAUCGCAGCCAAGCAGCUCCAGCACAAACUCGGCGUCAGCAAGAUCCUCAUUGUGGACUGGGAUGUUCACCAUGGGAACGGUACCCAGUCGGUCUUCUACAACGACCCCAGCGUGCUGUACAUCUCCCUGCAUCGCUAUGACAACGGCAAAUUCUUCCCCGGUAGCGGGGACCCAGCUGAGGUGGGAGUAGGUGCAGGUGAGGGCUUCAAUGUCAAUGUGGCGUGGACGGGAGGCUUGGACACCCCCAUGGGCGACGCAGAAUACCUAGCAGCAUUCAGGACUGUGGUGAUGCCGAUUGCCUAUGAGUUCUGUCCUGACGUGGUGCUGGUCUCAUCUGGUUUCGAUGCCGUCGAGGGACAUCUGGCGCCACUGGGGGGCUACAAAGUGUCAGCCAAGUGUUUUGGUUUUCUAACACGGCAGCUGAUGGGGCUGGCAGGGGGACGGGUUGUCAUGGCGCUGGAGGGGGGUCACGAGCUCACGGCCAUCUGCAAUGCCUCUGAGGCCUGUGUCAGGGCCCUGCUGGGCAUCCAGGAACCCCUGUCUGAAGCAAUCCUAGAGAGGAGACCCUGUCCCAACGCUGUCCUCUCUCUGCAGAGAGUCAUCCAGGCCCAGGGUGAGUACUGGCGGUCGUUGAGGGUGGUGGCCCACACAGUGGAUCAGUCAUACAUGCAGGCCCAAGGACACAGUCUGAGACGUGGCUCAGAGGACCACAAUGACACCGUCUCUGCCCUGGCCUCUCUCUCCAUGGCCAGCCUCACCACAAACAGGACACAACCAGAUGAACUUAUGGAGGGGGACAGAGACUCCAUGUAGACAAGUGCACUUUCCAACAAACCACACACACACACACACUGUGAUCCACUCAGCCCUGCUUCACUUGAUCAGAAUCCACUGUCUCCAGUUGACACUGUACAGACCAUAUCCUGACCACUAUAGGCAAACUGAGUAGCUUCCGCCUCACACACUCUUCCACCUCAUCAGAACACAGUUCUACUGACCUUACUACGACCACUCGCUUGAUUCAACCGCAUCUCAACCGCACACUGAUAACACAUCCCAUUAACAGGGUACAGGAGGACCAAGAGAGAGGAGAAUGAACACUGUCUUCAUGACAUGCCUCUGCAUGCCACCCUCGUGUGUAACAUUGUGAACUGUGAGGACACAGAAGGAGAGGAGUAGCAGACCUGAGCAUAAACUGGAGGGGGGAAAGAUAUACCAUUAUAAACACCACCGGGGGGGAGGGGUUGAGACUUGACUUGUAGCAUGAAGUGACUUGACAAAGACCAGCUACAUGACUGGCUGUAAGCAGAGUCUCUCUGGGGAAGUGAGCUUCUUGUUUAGCCGUUGGUCACAGGUUACCGCUGCACAUCGCCAGGCCGACAGAACCCAAUCACACAGAGAAGUAGGAAGUAGUCCCACGUCCCCACAGAAGUUACUAUGAAGGAGAACAGACAUCGCACCCUCACCGGGGGGACACUUAUCUCUUAUUGAUAAUGUCAUUUGAAUUUAUGUGACGCCAACAAAAUGAAGAAAAAGAAAGAAGACUGGGAAUUUUGUUCUGACUUUUUUUGCACUGUGUAUUUUGUAAUGUGAACCAAAGAGAGAAUGACAGAAUGGACCUGGGAUUGACAAUAAAACAUGUAAAUUAUCAUA